UGGAAGCGGCCGCAGCAGAUCUUCGGCGACGCGGCGCGGGCGUCGCUCUUCGAGGGCGGCGUGUCGCCCGACGACGUCGACCAGGGCACGCUCGGCGACUGCUGGCUGCUCGCGGCGUUCGCGGCGGCCGCGGAGUUCCCGGGGACGAUCCGCCGCGCGUUCCUCACGACGGAGGCGAACUGGCGCGGGCGCUACGUCGUGACGCUCUUCGACGGCGCCACGGGCCACUGGAUCAAGCUCGUCGUCGACGACCGCAUCCCCUGCAAGGCGGGCACGAACGACCCCAUCUUCUGCAAGCCCGCGGGCUCGGAGCUGUGGGUCCUCCUCCUGGAAAAGGCCUUCGCGAAGUUCGUCGGCGGCUACCACAACCUCGCGGGG